CCAAAAGAUAAUUAGGAGGUUUGUGUUGUGUUCUGUUGUUUCUUUACCUGUUAGAGGCUGGUUCUGUCGAGCGACAGCAUGGGGAGCAACUUCAGCAUGCAGACCUGCUGUGGGACCUGCGGGAGUUAUAAGAAGCAGGAGGAAGUGAAUGAGGAGAGUAGUGAGACCAAGCCAAUUCUGCACACCUCAGGGGACACACCAAUGCAUACUGAUACACAGCCUUCCCCACCAGCCCUGGAAGCCUCUGAACAAAUCUCUGAAGAAGCUCAGUCAUUCUGCCGGGACCAACAGCUGUCAGCUGAUAUUGCAGAGGAGAGCAUGGAGACCUGCUGUCCUGCAGAUCCUGUGGGAAUGACUGAGGAACAGAAGGCAGCCUGGAGCUCUGUGGAUUUCUUGGUGGCAUCCUCAGACAGGGAGACCAAAGAAGAGGCUGAAGUUCUGGAUCAGCAAGAAAGAGAGAAAGCAUGUAAUACAGAAGAGAAAAUAAAACCUACUCCUUAUGAUGAGGCCCAGCUGGCUAUGCACACAGCUCAGGAUCUGAAGCUUGUUGCAGAUGUAGGACAGCCUGCUGAACAGGCUGGGGCUGGCAGUGAGGAUGGCCCGUAUGCUGGAAUAACUCCCCAAGAAAUAAAUAUUCUUGAGCUCAUGGAAAGCGCAUGGAAAACUGCAGCUGCUCAAGACUUUGAGAUCAAGCCUCCCAUGGAGACUGGUGAGAGUUUCACAGGAUGGAACUCGCCACUCUGUGCUGUGCAAAAGAUGGCAAAAGAGGCUGAGACCAACCUUCCUGCUGGGCACACAGAGCAGGCAGGCAGGGCUGGCCUUGCUGAAGGAAGAACUCAACUCACUGAGAGUGUCCAGAUCGCAUCUCCUGCAAAGGCUGCUUCUCUAAUGAAUGUGCAGGCUGCAGAGGAGACUGAGAACAUAGUGGAUCCUUCAGAAGCCAUAGAGAAUGCUGUGGCAGAGAUGCACUCUACUUCUGCAGUGCCACAAGAAACCCUAUAUCCAGAAGGGUCAGCCAACCAGCUGCUUGACUUCUUACAGCAAGAGACUCAGUCUGGUGUGCCAGCUGCACAAGGGGUGCAGAGCCAAAGCUGUGCAGAAUCUGCUGAAUUGAGUGAGGUUUUAAGUGAUGAAGACCAGCAAGUCCUCAGUGAUACAGUGGGAAGUGAGGAGAGCAGGGAAUGUGAGCUAGAAACUCCAGCAGAUGAGGCAGAGCCACAGGAGAGGGUUGUGCAACAAAUGCUGCAGCUUCCAGAAGAACUGCUUUGUGCCCAGGUGCCUGCAGAGGAAGAAGCUGAGUGUCUUAGUGUGGCACCCUUCCUGCCUGGGCACUUCAUGCCUGGGAGUGAAGGAGAUGUACAGGCUGAAAAUGCUGAAGCUUGA